AUGACGGCUAGCCGUGGCUUGAUGCUGUACGCCUCGGCCGCCGUGGUCGGGCUGCUGGGCCUCGGCCAUCCUGGGCCGGCAAAGGCAUCGGAUCCGGCCGUGAUGCAGCCGUCGGUGGUGCUGGAGGCGGCAGCGGUGACGGCGACAGCGACGAUGACGAUGAUGAAGCCGGCAUCGGCAUAUUGGUCGGCAGCCGCCACCGGCAGUCCGUCCCCGGCUGCCAUGGGGGGUCCGGAGACGUGCCAGUUCAAGACGAUCAACUACAUCACCCACACGCUGCCGCAGCAGUGUCUCCGGACGGCGUGGUCGAGUGCCAAUGCCACGUCAGCAGCGGCCAUGAGCGACCGUGCCGUUCCGACGGUCGUGGUGACGACAUCCGUCCCGGCCACAGAGACCACGACGUCAGCCGCGACCGCAACGAUAGCAACAGCACAGCAGGAAGCAAAGGAGAGCACGACAGCAGGCGAGAGCGGAGUGAAGACAAGAAUGGGCGGCCACAACGACGACGACGACGACGAUGACGACGGGCAAGACCUGGCGACCGGAACGUUCAUGUCGUUUGAGCAGUGGAGGGUGCUGCAGCUGCAAAAGGCAGGCCAAGACCCGGCCGAUCUGCAGGCACGGCGGCGGCAGCACGGCCGAGGAGGGUCGGGCGGCGGUGGUGGCAGCAGCCAUGCGGACAUUGACAGCAUCGGGGACGACGGAGAGAUCUCGCUAGACUUUGACGUGCUCAACGAGAAGGUGACGGAGAUGGCAGACUCUGCGGCGGCCGAGGCGCCCGGACCCAACAACGGGUCGCUCUCGCAGGCCGAGACGGCAGCAGCAGCCGUUUCCGGCGGCAAGACAGCCUCAGCCUCCACCACGGCUGCCGGCGCCGCGGCCGAGAAUCCGUCCUCGUCCUACCACUCGCCAUCUUCCGCCCACACACCCACACACACCGAGGCACAGCUGGCGCGAGCGCCCCGAUCGACACUGUCCGACGACAGCGGCACCAACGAGUCUCUGGCGUGGGCAGCCUCCAUCCCGAACCCAAACCAGCACGUGUCCUGGUCCAUAUCGUCGCAGCUGUCGACACCUGGCGACACACCCAUCUCGGCAGGCGCGUCCACCAAUCAGCCGUCGGUGUUGAGUGGGUCGGUCACGACAGCCGUUACCACCGGCAUCCAUGCCGAUGCUAAGCCCAACUUUGGAUCUGGCUCUGGGGCAGGCGCACCGCUGCCUGGAGGCUCGCCGACGGUGCAGGAGAGCUUCUUCAAGUCAGUCACGAAGCGGCUGCAGCUGCUCGAGUCCAACACAUCGUUGUCACUGCAGUACAUUGAGGACCAGUCGCGCUUCCUGCAAGAGACGCUGCGCAAGAUGGAGCGCAAGCAGAUCACGCGGGUGGACGGCUUCCUCUACACGCUCAACCGGACCGUCCUCUCGGAGCUGAGCCAGAUGCGUCAGCAGUACGACCAGAUCUGGCAGUCGACCGUGCUGGCCCUCGAGACCCAGCGCGAACAGAACCAACGCGAGACCGUGGCGCUGAGCGACCGCCUCAACGUGCUGGCCGACGAGGUCGUCUUCCAGAAGCGCAUGGCCAUCCUGCAGUCCGUCCUGCUGCUCUGCUGUCUGGCCCUGGUCAUCUUCUCGCGCGGCCUGGCCGCCGUCGCCGGCAUUCCGGCCAUCGCCGGCAGCAACCCGCUCUUCGACCAGAACCUCUUUCCUGCUCGCACCACCUCUUCUUCCGGCGUUCGUCCGCCACCGCAGCCCGAGUCCGCACCGACGUCACCACCCUACUCCGUCGGCCUGCGCCGGAACCUGCGCUAUUUCCGCGACAGCCUGCGCAGCCCCGGCCUCUACUCCGCCUACAGCUCCGCCUAUCUCUCCGGUGCCAACUCCCCCGCCUCUUCCCCGCCGCCUCCACCGCCCGGAGCCGCUCGCACUGUUGGUCCCGUCACCGCGUCCAGACUGCCUGCAAACACCGACAAGAUCCUGCCGCUCACCCCGACCACCCCUACUUCGCCCGUCUCCAUGACCAUGCCCUCCCCUGAGCCUGAGCCCGACUGCCACCCGCCAGACAACCUCCCGGCUGCUUCUGCCGUCUCACUCCUUGACCUCGCCGCGGAGACUGCCACAACACACACGCAAAUCUACGACGGCCAGCAAGGCAGCCGCUCGGUCGCUACCCCGACUCGACCCGGCAGCAACACCGGCCGACUAGACACAGAAGCUGGUCUUCUCACACCUCCACGAAUGACCUCGCAGAACGACGACUCUGUCCGGGUAGGCAGCGCUGAAACAGACAGCCAGACUGCUGGGCGAAGGCUAUCGCCGUCUUUGCUAGAAAGCUAG